AUGCCCACGUCAUCGUCGUGCGCCUCAGAUCUCCGCUGCUGCUGCCGUCGUCAGGUCUCUGCUGCUGCUGUCGCUCGGUGUAUUUCCCUCUGGCCGCCAGGGAUCACUCCGCACCGCUCCACUCCAGCAGCACCGCCGCCGCCGAUGUUACGCCGCUGGUCGCCGCCAUCCACAUCGCCACACCAUCUGCACCACCACCAUGCCUCCUUCUACAGAGUUCAGAAAUCAUGUAAACCUUUACAUUAUCCAGUUCUGAUGAAUCAGGGACUCUGCACUAAACUGGUUAUCUCUUCAGCAUCAAUGGGUUUCCUUUUUUCUACGAUCGAGACGAUUAUUAUAUUUACCUUGCCCUUCUGUGGGCCGAAUAAAAUCCAUCACUUCUUUUGUGAUAUGGCACCAUUACUUGAGUUGGCCUGUGGCCGGAAUUAUAUAGGGGAAGAUGUUAUUUUUCUUAUUUGUUUUCUGGUGGUCUUUUGCUGCUUCUUUCUCAUUCUUCUGUCGUAUCUUUUAAUCAUAAACACUACCCUGAAAAUCCCCACCACAGACGGGAAGCGCAAAGCCUUUUCCACUUGCGCCUCCCAUCUCAUUGUGGUGGUUGUGCACUUCGGAUGUAUUUCCAUUAUUUACCUGAGGCCCCAAUCCAGGAACACUUUGAAUGAUGACACCUUGAUCUCUGUCACGUACACCCUGGUGACUCCAUUGCUGAAUCCUGUUGUUUACAGCCUGAGGAAUAAGGAUGUCCAAGUAGCACUCAAGAAAUCCCUGGGAAGAAGCACAUCUGCCCGGAAGAUGUGA